GGUGAAGUUGUCUGGAUCAAUUAGCAGUCCAAACUUGACUGCAUUGCUCAUGGCAGCUCCUUUGGCCCUUGGUGAUGUUGAAAUUGAGAUUAUCGAUAAACUGAUUUCUGUUCCCUACAUUGAUAUGACUUUGAAACUGAUGGAGCGCUUUAGAGUCCAUGUGGAGCACAGUGGUAACUGGGAUAGGUUCUUGGUCCACGGAGGUCAAAAGUACAAGUCUCCUGGGAAUGCUUUUGUUGAAGGCGAUGCUUCUAGUGCCAGCUACUUCCUCGCAGGUGCAGCUGUUACUGGUGGGACUAUCACAGUUGUAGGCUGCGCCACAAGUAGUUUUCAGAAUCAUCCUGCUGUUGUUGUGCCUAGGCUUUCUGAUGGUUUGAAUUUGCUUAGCCCAGAUUGA